ACAUUUCUCAGUUGGAAAGCAAGAUAGCUGCUCUAGAAGGAGACCUAUCAAAGAACCACUUGGUGAUUAGUCAGCUUCGGGAAGCAGUCCGUUCAAUGGCUAAUGGUCAGGUGCCCUCCAACCUUGAUGCCCUGGUCAAACCCAUAGAUUCAGGCCAACACGUUCAGGAUCAAGGGGGUUGGUUUGGCUUCAGCAAGAAGAAGGAUCCAGGACCGGGACUACCCAUGGGCGGGGUUCCUGCAGGAGACCGCAAGGAGCCGUUUGUUGUGGCGGAGGGCCAGGUACAUGUGGAGCCAGGGGAAUGUAAAUUCGCUGACACGCCCACCGGCAAUGCCACAGAUGUACAGAUGAUGCAAGUAUAUGAGAAGCUUCGUUUUGACAAUGCUAAUGGUGGAGCAUGGAAGCAAGGCUUUGACAUCAGCUACGACCAUAAUAAAUGGAACAGUGAUCCUCUCAAGGUCUUUGUUGUUCCACAUUCUCACAAUGAUCCAGGUUGGAUCAAGACUUUAACCAAGUAUUACAAUGACCAGACCUCCCGGAUCUUAGAUACCAUGGUGAGAAAGAUGGAGGAAUAUCCAAAGAUGAAGUUCAUCUGGGCAGAGAUCUCCUACCUCUCUAUGUGGUGGGAGAAGGCAGAUUAUAACAAAAGACAGAUAGUGAAAAAGCUAGCGGAGAGUGGACGGCUUGAAAUCGUUACUGGUGGAUGGGUGAUGAACGAUGAAGCAAACACCAAUUACUUUGCCAUGGUGGAUCAGCUGAUAGAAGGGCAUGAAUGGCUGGAUGCUUUCUUACCAGGAGUGAAGCCCAAGAGUGGAUGGGCCAUAGAUCCAUUUGGAAUGUCUCCCACAAUGGCAUAUGUUCUACAAAGGAUGGGUUUAGAAGCUAUGGUGAUACAGAGAAUACAUUAUGAAAUCAAGAAGUAUUUCUCACAGAAGAAGACUCUGGAAUUCAUGUGGAGGCAAAACUGGGACCAUGGGACAAGCACAGAUAUGUUCUGUCACAUGAUGCCAUUCUACAGCUACGAUGUACCCCAUACGUGUGGCCCAGACCCUAAGAUCUGCUGUCAGUUUGAUUUCAAGAGAUUGCCAGGAGGUCGAAUCAAUUGCCCCUGGAAGAUUGCUCCAGUACCCAUUACCGAUGCCAACGUGGCUAACAAAGCUGAAGUUCUCUUAGACCAGUACAGAAAGAAGUCUGAGUUGUAUAAGAGCAACGUCCUAUUGGUCCAACUUGGAGACGAUUUCAGGUACGACAAACCGGAAGAGUGGGACAACCAGUAUAGGAACUACAUGAAGCUGUUUGAUUACAUGAACAAAAGAAGUGACUGGCAUGUGCAGGCCCAGUUUGGGACACUGAAUGACUACUUCACUGCCCUUUGGCAGCAGACCAAUACAGUGGCUGGUCAGCAACCCGAGGGCUUUCCUACCCUCAGCGGGGACUUCUUUACCUAUACUGACCGAGAUGACCACUACUGGAGCGGCUACUACACGACCAGACCUUUCUAUAAGAACAUGGACCGAGCCCUUGAGGGUCAGCUUAGGGCUGCUGAGAUAAUGUUCACAUACACCAAUGCCCAAGCUAAGCAGAGUGGAACCACAAGUUAUCCUUCAGAGAGUUUAAUGGGAAUGCUAACCAAUGCCAGAAGACAACUCGGACUCUUCCAGCAUCAUGAUGGAAUCACUGGUACAGCCAAGGAUCAUGUUGUUGUGGAUUAUGGAAACAGAAUGCUCAAUGCUAUUAAUGAGAUGGGUAAAGUUAUGAUGACAGGUAUUCACUAUCUUCUGACACCAGACAAAAACAGCUAUCAACCUCAGGCUUCAUAUUUUGAUGUGGAUGAAGAAAGGCAGUCACAUGAUGCUAUGCCCACAAAGAAAGUCCUCAAACUUUCCAGCGAAGCAAACAGUGUUGUGGUUUUCUACAACUCUUUAGCACAACACCGGAAAGAACUGGUCAGGCUUCAUGUAUCGUCACCGAACGUUGAAGUCACAGACUCAGAUGGAAAUGCCAUUGAAAGUCAGGUUAACAUCUUGUGGGAAACUUCAGAGCUUAGCUUCUCAGGAGUAUAUGAGCUUGUAUUUGUAGUGGAGAUUGGUCCAUUGACUGUGAGUAAAUACCUGAUUCGUGAUAUGGGCUCAAGUUAUUCUCAACAUCAUCAUCUAUCUACAACAGAGAUUUAUCAUGGAUCCAAGGAGGAGGAUGGUCACAAUGGACCGUUUAAAGUGAGAAUAACUAGUGACGACUUGGAGGAGAUUAAAAUUGAAAAUGCUCAUAUGGACGUUUUAUUUAACGGCAAAACGGGCAUGUUGAAGUCAAUCUUAACGAAAGCAGACAAUCACAAUAUCAGGACAAAUGUAGAAAUUGAAUUUAUGAUGUAUGGCACUACGAGAGAUAAGAUGAAAAGUGGGGCCUAUCUAUUUCUUCCAGAUGGCGAAGCUCAUCCUCUAGAUCCAUCGACUCAAAUCCCAAUCCGAGUAACAAGAGGUCCUCUUGAGUCCCGUGUUGAGGUCAUCCUUUAUUGUGUCAGACAUACCGUCAUUUUAUCAAAUACACCAGGUGCUGAUGGAACAGCUUUAUAUAUUAAAAACAUUUUAGACAUCAGGAACUUCCAGAAUAAAGAGCUUGUGAUGAGAAUAAAAUCAGAUGUGAGAAACUCAGAUCGUGUCUUUUACACAGAUCUGAAUGGGUUCCAGAUGCAAAAAAGGAAAAUAUUAGACAAGCUUCCUCUUCAAGCUCAUUUUUACCCCAUGCCAGCAAUGGCUUAUAUAGAAGAUAGUUCAACAAGACUUACAUUACAUUCAGCACAGGCACUAGGAGUCAGUGGUUUAAGAGAAGGCUGGCUUGAGGUGGUGCUUGACCGUCGCCUCAUGCAGGAUGACUCGAGGGGGCUCCAACAAGGGGUCACCGAUAAUAAACUGACCCCGGAUUACUUCCUCUUACAUGUAGAGAGGAGACUGAAGGGAAAUACUCAGGUUAGGAAUGUACCAUUUUCUCUCUGGGGGAUGCUGGGAGGAUAUAAGGCAUCCAAUAUUCCAGUCAGCUACCCUUCUCUUCAGAGUCACCAUCUUUCUGCUCUUCUAAAUAAUCCUAUUUACAUCCAACAUGGAACAGUUCCAGAGGUUGGACAAAAUUCACAAAAUAAGCUCUUAGCUGGGCAUAGUUUUAUAGACACAACAUUACCUUGUGAUUUUCAUUUAUUAAAUUUUAGAACGAGGGUUUCUCAAGCAUCAAAUCCAGUCAAGCCUAAGCGAGAAGCCUUGUUGAUAUUACACAGGAAAGGUUUUGAUUGUAGUUUUCCAACAGCAGGCAUACAGUGUGCAACAAACGAAGGACGGGUUGACCCAUCACCGCUACUGAGUUCUGUAGGUACGAGAAGUAUUGUCACCACAUCACUCUCUGCCAUGUAUGAUGGGCAAGAGAUUCCAAAAACUUCCCAGCUAGAAUUGGAGCCUAUGGAACUAAAAACAUACAAGGUUCAAUUCCAAUAAGCCAUUAAAUCGCUGAAAAGAAUGUCAGUGCUUCUGUUUUUAGUUACUCUGCAAUGGAAUAGCAAUCUUUAUUAUGUCUGUGGAUUGUGUAAAUCUCCCGUCUACUUUUAUGAAUAGGAUAUUAUGUUUAUAGGGACUACGUUCCAUUCCACGCUUGAUAGCGUCCAUUCCAUUUGAAGAAUAGAAUACUGUAUUAGCUGUGAAAACUGCAAGUUUGGCGAUUUAAAAGCGAAAAUGAACACCACAUGGACCACCACACAGAAAUAGAUGAGUACCCAGUGUAUGGAAAUACAUGUAGCAGCAGGGUAUAAUGGCAGAUAUGAUGAUCGCAUACACUGUGCACCCUCAGAUGUUUUUGCUGCACAGCUAUUGGUGGGCUGUCUUUGGAAUACACAUUUAACAAGUGAAUAUGCUUUGGAAUCCUCUGAUCCGCAAUAAAGGCUGGCCCAGCUUUCAGACACACAAAGUGUUUCUAUAUCAAAAUAAUGUGUGACACGAUUCGAUAAGUGAAUAUAUGAACAUCCAGAUGCAAUGACAGUCGAUGUUAUGUCUCAGAUUGAAUGGUGUAUCGCUUGCAGAGCAUUCAGAUGCGAAAAAACAUCGCUAUGUUGGAUACAAUCUGAGAACUUACAGGUUUUUCUGAAAGCGGGGUCAAACACCAUUCUUUAUUACUUUCUUCAUUACCGUAUAGUUAAUCUCCUUUAAUGAUAGAAUAAGUAUAGGUUUAGAAGGUCAUCUGUGAGCUGGUUUGUGAUUGAGACUUUUGAGAGAUGAAACUAUUGCACCUUUAUUUUGGACUUUCUGAUAUAGUCAAUCAGACUUUAUCUUAAGGCUAUAAAUGUUAUAUUUCAGGGCCUGUUUCACGAGUGAUUUCAUAUGGUAACUUUGACAUUCUGUUGUUAACUACCAUGUCAACAGAACUCAGCAUCCAAUCAAAAUCAAGGUUACGACGGUAGUUACCAUUAAUGGCAGCGUUACCAUCAAUGUAAAUCUGUAUGAAACCAUGGAGUAUUCUCUAUGCUUCAACCAUUCCCAGAUGUGAAGAGCAUCGAAACUGGCCGUCUUGAAGUCCAGAUAAUGCAAAAUCUCUUGGAAACUACAGGAAUAUCAUGAAUGCUGUAGGUGCAAAGAUGCAUAGAUUUGGCUGUCUUACAUAAUUAUAUUGUCGAUAAGAUACCUAUGUUAGCAAAGAAUCAACAGUGGUGGCCUGUUGUAUGAAUUACACAAUUCUUCUUUACAUUGUGCGUGUACUUAUGUUGUGAUAAUGAUGCAAGGUGAAAUGUGUGUGAGAGUAAGGCAAGUAACAAAUAUUGAAUCAUGGCUUGAAUUUUAAUGCUCAAUCAUAUAAUCAGUGAAACUGUUCAUUUAAGAUUUGGAGCCCUCAUAUGGAUUGCAGGGGAUUGUGAUUUUAGAAAUUAUCAGUCAUCUAUUCACUCUUUAUCUCCAAGAAAUGAUCUUAUUUGAUGUUAAGAAUACGUUUCUUACUUCAUCCUUUUCAGAAUUGAUUGAUAAUGUCACUUGCUUCGUAUUUCAAGCCAAUGAUUUAUUUAUUUGUUACUCAGAUUUAUGGAAAAGAUUCCUGAUAAAUUACAUGUUUGCUUUAAAAAGAGGAGAAAAAGGGUUUUCAUCAUUAUUUUCCUUUUGGCAGAUGGAUGCAAGAUUGAGAGAGUUAUAUAAGGUUGGCCUUCUAUUUGAUUGCUUCAAUUCAAGAAUAGAUUGUUACAAGAUACUUUGACCAAUGUUUUAGAUCUGUAAUGGAUCUACCCAUGGAUCAGUGUAGCUGCCCACUAUGAAUUUGUGCAUGCCUCCCUGUGAAAGACGACAUUUUUAAUUUUUAAAUUGUGCAGAAAUGUAGAAAAUGUUUAUUUUAUAGUGUAGUAGGAUUGAAAUACCUUAAGAAAAAAAUUACUAGUCUCUAUUUUCCAUUUCUUCUCUAUUUUAUCACUGCAUGUUUAAAUCUAUCUCGUAUUAGGAUGAAAUAACUUGAGCACAAUAUUCAGUUCUCAAACUUCUGUUUUUUUUUAAAUUGCAUGCAUUGUAUUGUGAUCUAUUAUGAAGCAAGUCCAGAAAAUGCCUGAAAAAAAAUGUAUAAAUGAUUAAUGCAUUGAGGACGGAGUUAAGCUUUGUAUCUAUGCCUUUAAAGCAUUACUAUUAGUUCCAUGUAAUAGCGAUGUGCCUUAAAUUCUGAUAAUUUUUGUAACAUUCUGCAUUUCCAUCCUAUAAUUAUAUCUAGGUUGGAUAAACACAUUUUUAUAAAGAAAAAGAAAACCAUUCAUACUUUUUUUUUAAUUUCAUUAAUUGGAAAUUUCUUUCAAAUCUAAAAAUAUCCAAACAAUGCUGCACCUAUAUUACUAGUCAGUGAUAUUUUGGGAAAAAAGGACAACGAAACAUUCAGCAUCUUAUUCCAUUGGUAUCUGGAACUAGGUGCCCCAUGUGCUAUGUAAUUCAGUAGUCCAUGAUUUUAAUUGCAUGAAUGUUUCUGCUAUUGGAUUGGAUUAGAUUAGAAUACUUGUAUGACUUGUAUGAGGGGGGGACAAAUCUUGUAACCCCCCCAAAAAAAAAGACAAAAAAAGAAAAAUUGUUACCUCAAUACUGUAUCCAAUAUAGGAUGCCAAGAUGAUUUGCAGGAAAUUUGUAGGACAGCUGAGCAUUAUACCAUGAAACCUAGACCGCUCCAAAAUGGUUGUUACUAGUAUAUUCUGAGAAUUUGUAUAUCUCCAUGUAACUACACUGUAUUCUAUCAUACCAGGGGAGCAUUUCAUCAACAUUUUUGUCUGACAAUCCGACAACUUUUUUUUUAAAAUUUUGAUUUGCUGAGAAGCGCUGUACCAAUGUCAUUUUCCUCAGUUGCCUUGAAACCCAUUU